AUGAAAAAAAAAAUAAAAGUAAUAAAAUAGCUAUUUGUAAAGCAUGUUCUAAUACAAAUGAUCCAUUUACUAGCAUAGAAAAUCUUACAAAUAAAAGAUCAAUUUGUCAUAAUCAUUUAAAAAAUUGUUCUAAUUUUAAAGCAUUAUAUAAUGAUGAAACAUGGAAUGUAAUUUUAGCUAAAAUUAUUCAAGAAGAAAAAGAAGACAGACAAAAAAAAUCUUUAGGCAAACGUAAACAAAAUGAAAGAA